AUGCCGGUUGUGGGUCCAGUGAGAGAAGGAAGUCGCAUGAAAGGACAGAGCAAAGCUGGCGGACAAGAAGUGAGAGGCCCAGCAAUUUUAUUGAACUUAGAUCUUGAUCCUGAUGAUUAUCUCUCCUUAUCAGCAAUUUUGUUUCGCUACAAUGGCUUCUCAGUGGUCUACCUUGUGUUUGUCCUGCUGGUGCCGCUGUUUCCUGUGCCCACAAGUGUCAGCCUUCAUGGACCUACAGGUGGAUUCCUGAGCGGCAUCUGCUACUGCAGUCUCAGCUUUCUGGCUCUCCAGCUGGGCUUUCAGAUCACCUUCAUGUAUUUGGAGCCGCAGGACGGUAACGAAUGGGAACAACUUUUUCACCACGUGGGUAUCGUACGGCUGGGCCCAGUGACCCCUACUGACAGAAUCCGUCUGUUGGCGCCAGAUUUGGGAGUCUUUACUUGUGGGCUGCUCGUCUACUGGGUGUGUAGGAAGGUUGCAAGGCCGAAGAGCACUACAAUGACCCAAUACAAUCAUACCUUCUCUUCAGAUCGUGAGUCAGUAGAACAGUCACUGAGCGAGGAGAGUGAAGACGAGAUGACAGAGUCUGUCUCUGAGAACCUCGAGGAAGAGAAUCGAUCUGCUGAACAGAAGAAUGGUUUUACCCAGAAGAUGGCAGCAUCACUUCAGGGAAUUCGAAUGCUACUGGAGACCAUGCUUGAUGGUGCAGGGAAGCUGGUGGCAACACUCCUAUUUGGCAUUGCAGGUAUAACGCUACCAUCACUCACAUCUAGUGUUUACUUUGCUGCUUUCCUGGCACUGGUGCUUUGGUGGUCUUGCUGCAGAACAGUCAGCAUGGUGGUCUUUAGCAGCUUGUGUGUCAUGAUGGCUAUCUUCAGUGCUGGCCAUCUGCUUGGACUCUACCUAUAUCAGAUUCAUCCGUUCCAGUUACUCAUUCCCCCAGAUGACAUUUAUGCCAGACUAUUUGGAAUGACUGCUUUCAUUCAGGUAAAUGGUAGUAAUAACUCAACACUGCAGCUUCACAAAGAUCUGACCUGGCCGCUGCUUCUUAACCCUCUGGUCCUCUUGGUCCUAUAUUAUACAUUGGUGGCACUUCUUCACAAAUGGGACUGUGUGAGAGAGGAGCCAGUGACUUUUAUUGGAAACGGCCUAUGGCAGGAAGAACACGGCCAGAGUGCAGAGUCUCUGUUGGACAGAGAUGAUAAUGUGGCCAAACCAGAAUUUCUGGCAUUCUCGGAGGAGAAGCAGGACAACCAGGAGUUUUUGGAUAUGAACACAGCUAGAGAAGGCCCUCUGGCCAUUCUGUACCACUUCCUGAUGCAGCAAAGUUAUUUGAGCACCCUCAUCAUCAUGAUGGUUUGGAGCAUCACCUACAACAGCUGGCUGACCUUUGUGCUGCUAAUCUGGUCUUGUGUGAUCUGGAUGCUGCGGGACCGCCGACACUAUGCCAUGCUCUCUGCUCCCUUUUUGGUUUCCUAUAUAUCCUUGCUUGUGAUCAGUAGCUAUGUUAGUGGAAUUAUGUUGAGUCCAGAGGAGCUCUUUCCUGGGAUUUCUAUUGCACUGCUCCAGGACUUGGGUUUGACACACUCACAAAAAGCCUGUGUGCAUCUGGGGAUCAAGACUGCUUAUGCUUUCACUUUUUGGAUGUUACUACGACAAAAACUGACAGAAAAGCAAGAAAUUGAGAUACAGGACCAGUCAGCACUGAUAGAGGUGAAAACAUCAGAUGUCAGUAACCAUUUCAGCCCAAUUGAAGUGAUUGGAGGACUCAUCAAGGGCACUCUUGUGAAAUAUUGGAUCUAUCUCUGCUGUGCCAUGUUCUUUCUCAUCAGCUUUACUGGAAAAGUCGUUGUUUACAAGAUACUAUAUAUCAUGCUCUUCCUGAUGUGUGCCACCCUGUAUCAGGUAAAUUAUAGUCUUUGGAGGCGAACGCUGAAGUAUUUCUGGAUGGUUGUGGUGACUUACUCUAUGGUAGUCCUUAUUACCAUCUAUUUGUACCAAUUCCGGACUGUCUCUGGGCUCCUUCGUCAGAUCAUUGGCAUGUCUGAAGAAGGGUUGCGAGACUUAGGUCUGGAGCAGUUUGAUACAGUGGAGCUCUUUACUCGUAUCCUGCUGCCUUCUACAUUCCUCCUAGCCUGUAUUUUACAGCUUCACUAUUUCCAUGUGGAGUUCCUAAAGCUCACAGAUUUAGAUGUCAUCCAACCUCAAGGAAACAUUUCCAGUGGUGAAAAGAUGAAGCAAAAAGUGUCUGCAGUGUCCAACAGCAUUAAAAAAAGUAUCCUGAAGCUUCAAAACAGACUGGCUACUGAGCUUCAUUCUGAACACUGUGAUGAGUCUGAACAUUCCAAGAUACCUCAUUACACAGAAGGAGGACCAAAGACAACAGACAUGGAAGAGGAGGUUUGCAGCAAGUGGGCACUAGUAGUGGACAGGGUCGCCAUGCUUGUACUGAAGGCCUCUGAGAUGCUGACCUCUGCUCAAGUUUUUGCCUGGAGAUUGCUGGAGCUUCACAUAACCAAGAUUGUUGCCACAUAUAUGAUCUGGAUGGCCAUUGAAGAGGUCUCCUUGAUGAACUUCCCAUUUGUAAUCCUGUGGACACUAGCACUACCCUUUGCCAGAAUGCGACCAAUAGCAUCCAGCAUCUGCACUGUGUGGGCCUGCAUUAUGAUCAUCUGUAAGAUGCUUUACCAGCUCAAGUUUGUGAAACCUGAGGAGUUUUCUUCUAACUGUACCGUGGUGAGCUUCAUGCAAGUCAAUGACAGUGAUACACAGUCACGCCAGACCUCCGUACCAUCAAGGUCCGUGCUAUAUAGGGCACCUGUGGAUCCAGCUGUUUGGUUUGGAGGCCUAAAAAAAUGUGGAGAUAGCAUCUUGCCCUGUCUGCAGAAUCACCUCCUGGCACUAGGGCUGCUAGCUCUUGAGGUGACUGUCCACCGCCACCAACUACACUACAGACUGCUGCACCAGCUAAAACUACCCACAACUGGGGAACUUUACAAGGGUGUGAUGAGACUUCAUCUGGAUGAAGGGCUGGCUAAUUGUAUCAAAUACUUUUUCAACUACUUCUUCUACAAGUUUGGUCUAGAGGUGUGCUUUGUGGUUGCUGUCAAUCUCAUUGGACAACGCAUGGACUUUUAUGCCCUGCUUCACUCCUUCAUGCUCACUGCUGUGUUGAGCCGUCGUACAAGAAAGUCCAUUGCUGAGGUCUGGCCCACAUACUGCUGCUCCACUUCCAGCCUUCUGGCUUUCCAGUACUUGCUGUCUAUUGGCAUCCCCCCUGCCUUCUGUACAGAUUACCCGUGGAGGACUCCUGGCUUGCCUUUCAGUUCCAACCUUAUCAAGUGGUUCUUCUUGCCAGACUUUGCCAUGCCUCCGAACAGCAGCUUUUUAAUCUAUGACUUCUUGCUGCUCCUCUGUGUUUCUCUGCAGUGGCAGGUGUUUGAAGAUGAAAACACUGCAGUGUUUCGUAUCUUAGCAGGUGAUAACACUGAAAUAAGCCGCAGCCUUGACACCAAAGACCUCAGCCAAUACAGCCUGGUCCACAACUUCCUUCACUGUAGGUCCUACCUGGACAUGGCAAAAGUCUCCAUCUUUGGAUACUUCUUCUGGCUGGUGCUCUGCCUCCUUUUUAUCACAGGAACAACAAGGAUCAACAUUUUCUGCAUGGGCUACUUGAUGUCUUGCUUCUACUUCAUGCUAUUUGGAGGCACUUUGCUGCUGAAGCCGGUUCAACAUGUGCUGAAGCGCUGGGACCUUCUUAUUGCUUACACUACUCUAGUCAUCACAAUGAAGAAUGCCCUUUCGUUGGGGGCCUGUGUCUACAUGGACAUCUUCCUGAAGAAAGGAUGCUGGAUCAUCCAGAUGCUAAGCAUGUUCUGUACUGUGCCAGGCUAUGAACUGCCACCUACCAAUGAAGAAUGUGAGCUUCCUGAAGGAGAAGCUGGCGUCAUCUGGGAUGCCAUCUGUUUCAUCUUUCUACUGGCACAGAGGCGGGUCUUCCUCAGUUACUACUUUCUAUAUGUAGUGGCUGACCUGAAGGCAUCAAAGAUCCUUGCAUCCAGGGGAGCUGAGCUAUUUGAAGCUAAAGUGAAGAAAGCAAUUGCUGCACGAAUGCAGAAUGAGCAGAAAUCCAUGGAGGCCCUCAAAAGACAGAUGGAAAAGAUCAAACUGAAACAAAAAAAGCUCCAGGAUGGGAAAAUGAUCCCAGCAGCAGCCACUGCAAUGCAGAUGAAGAAAGAAAAGGACAGUGAAGAAAUUGGGCACGGAAAUACUCGGGAGGGAAGCAAUCAAGAGAGUAGGAGUGAGGAAAAGAAUUGGUGGCAACCUUGGGUCACUCACAGCAGCAUGAUUCGAGAUGGCUCUUAUAGCCUCUUCGAUUCAGACAGUGAGGAAGAAGCCGAGGAAGAGCCACAGAAAAUGGAAGAUGAAGUCAGUAAAAAGAAAUCAGCCUUUCAGCUUGCCUAUGAGGCCUGGAUGACCAGCUCCAAGGAAGCACUGAAAAUUAAAAAGAAGGAGGAGCGAAUACUGAAGAGGCAUCAGAAGGAAAAAGACAAGGAGGAGAUGCAGGAACGAGGAAUUUAUGUGGCAGAGUCUAGUGAAGAUGAACUUGAGGAGAUUCCAAGAGAUGCAACACUACCAGGAAAGGAAGAAAGUACAAUCCAGCCAGCAAUGGAUUCAUUCAAGUUCUUUUGGGUCUUCAUCCUUUCACUCAUGGAUGACAUGACCUGCGCACUGAAUUCAUUCUGCAAAGACAACUUGGACAUCUCCAUGGUGCUGCGCUUUGAGAAAUCCAUUCUGGACCGUGAACUGAGAAAAGGCAAAGAGGCUUCCCAUGAAACAAUCCGGCGGUUUCAUAAUGCCCGGCUCCUUCAACAAAGCUUGUCUCAGUCUGAUGAGAAGAGUGAUUAUGUGGUGCCAGGGACAUCUGAAGGGUACCAGAAGAUGCCCAGUUCAGACUCCAAGCUGUCUUGGGAUAGCAGCAUCUCAAGCUGUGUGACAGACAUGACCAGUCUUAGCUCAAGGCAGACAACACAGGAUGACCUGGAUGAGAUGUCCUCUGCUGCUGCUCCUUCUCCACUGCGAUCCACAGAGCACCUCCGCCGGAGGCUGUGCAAGACUUCUAAUAUUGAUUUGUCCUCGUUUGAAAAUGGCCGUUUGAAAUCAGGCCAAGAGGAGGAGGAGGCACAGAGUGGAAUCACCCAGCACAAAGCAACCUUUUCAUCAUCUUCUGGGUCAUCAAAUUCUUCUCGGGCACCUUGUCUGACUUUGUCUCGGGAUCUGGAGGACAUUCCUGAGGAGGGAGAUGUGGAGGAGAGCAGACCAACCCCAGAAGAAGCUCAGAACUUUACAGCCAGUGAACUCCUUCUGAACAAAGCUUUUCUGGAUGAUGAGAUUGAGCAGUCAAACCGAUUCUUUCAAAGCCUCCCACGUCUUCUGAAACUGUUUCUUGCUCUGUACAACACUAUGGCAUCCAAGUCAGAGAUGCUCUGCUAUUUUGUUAUCAUCCUAAAUCACAUGGUUUCAGCCUCUAUCCUCACUCUACCACUGCCAAUACUAAUCUUCCUUUGGGCCAUGCUUUCAGUGCCACGGCCUAGUAAGCGCUUCUGGAUGACUGCCAUCAUUUACACUGAGGCUACGGUAGUUGCAAAAUAUUUCUUCCAAUUUGGUUUCUUUCCCUGGACAAGCUCUUACUACCGAGGGAUCAAUGCAGAGAGGCCAUUUGCUUUUUCAAAUAUUGUAGGUGUGGAAAGGAAGGACAGCUAUGUCAUUUGUGAUCUCCUGCAGUUGCUGGCACUCUUCUUCCAUCGCUCUAUCCUGAAGUGCCAUGGUCUCUGGGACAAUAAAGAGCUUGAAGUACCUGAUUUCUUCAAAAGGUUUAAGAAAGAGAAAAGAAAAAAGCAAAGUGCCUCAAGAAGUUCACCAGGAUUCUCCUUUAAGUCCAAUGGUGAAGAAGCUGUUGAUGGUUCAGAAACAAAGCACAAAAAGAAGCGUCGCCGGGUGGGAAAACCUGCAAAAUCCUGGAGGGAGAAAAUGAAGGAAAAAUGUACCUUUGCACUCCAGGAAGCCAAAGCCAAGACCAUUGAUUUAUGUCUACAGCUGUACCUGCCUGUGCGACAGUUCUUUUACGACAUCAUUCACCCGGAGUACAGCCCAGUGUGUGAUGUUUACGCCAUCAUGUUUCUGGUUGAGGUGGUGAACUUCAUUGUGAUCAUUUUUGGAUACUGGGCAUUUGGGAAGCACAGUGCUGCAGCUGAUAUCACGGAGUCACUGUCAGAGGACCAGGUGCCCGAGGCCUUUCUUAUCAUGCUGCUAAUUCAGUUUGGCACCAUGGUGGUAGAUCGUGCCCUCUACUUACGUAAGACCCUUCUAGGCAAGUGUGUGUUCCAAGUGCUUCAGGUGUUUGGCAUUCACUUCUGGAUGUUCUUCAUUCUGCCCGGGGUCACUGAAAGGCGCUUCAAUGCCAACCACGUUGCCCAGCUUUGGUACUUUGUGAAGUGUGUCUAUUUUGGCCUGUCUGCCUAUCAGAUCAAGUGCGGCUACCCCAACCGAGUCCUGGGCAAUUUCCUGACUAAGAGCUACAACUACCUGAAUCUGUUUCUCUUCCAAGGGUUUCGUCUUGUCCCAUUUCUCACGGAGCUAAGGGCAGUCAUGGACUGGGUUUGGACAGACACUACCCUCAGUCUGUCCAGUUGGAUCUGUGUUGAGGAUAUCUAUGCCAACAUUUUCAUCCUCAAGUGCUGGAGAGAGUCAGAGAAGAGGUAUCCCCAGCCAUCAGGCCAGAAGAAGAAAAAGGUGGUGAAGUAUGGGAUGGGUGGUCUGAUCACAUUCACUUUGAUCUGCAUUGUCUGGUUUCCGCUUCUCUUCAUGUCACUGGUCAAGUCUGUAGCUGGAGUGACCAAUCAGCCACUGGAUGUUUCUGUUCAGCUUAGCAUUAGUGGCUAUGAGCCAUUGUUCACGAUGAGUGCCCAGCAGCACAACUUGGUUCCACUUUCCCACUCGGCAUACUUCAGAAUGACCAACCUAUAUGCACUUCACCCAGCGGCCAUGCAGUUCAUAGUAAAGUACAUGCCAGAGGACAUCGUCAUCGCUAAAAUCAAAAGUGAUGCAAGUUUGCUGUGGAGUAUCAGCCCCGCGAGCCGUAAGGUGAUGAUUGAGGAGCUCACUGCUUCUCCACACCUCUAUAUCACAUUGUCCUGGACACUUCUCAGGAAUGCUUCACUCGUUCCCAAUGCUGAAUCCUCUGGGAAGCACACAGUGAAGUAUGAAGAUGAGAAGCUGAGGAGUGAAAUGAUUGAAAUGCUGAAUGGGACAAGGAAGGAGCCAGUGUAAGUGGAGUAUCUUCUAACAGUACCAAGCGCUGCAGUGAGACCUCUCACCCUUUACCUUUGCUCUUAUAGGGUGCUUAAGUCUCUUCUCCCCAAGUACUUGAGGGCCUCCUCAAGCCCUGAAGCAAAACUUGCCCAGCGGCUCAUUGUGGAGCACUCAAAUGGGCCUGAGGACAUUGAAAACCUCACCUUCUUCAGGCACAUAGCCAUAAAGCUACAGCAGGCCAAUGAAAGCAGAUCUUCUGAAGCACUCCCAGAAUGGUGGGCAGUCCAUGAAUGCAGCCAGUCGAGUAAGGAUGUUGAAAUGGGUUACAGAAAAAUUGAGUUGGUCAUCUUCAAUGACAAGGUCAGCCCUUCCAGUCUGGGCUUUCUGGCUGGAUAUGGGAUCGUCGGACUGUACAUGUCUGUGGUGCUGGUCAUAGGCAAGUUUGUGCGGGAGUUCUUUAACGGCAUUUCCCGGUCCAUCAUGUUUGAGGAGCUGCCCUGUGUUGAUCGUGUUCUUAAACUGUGUACAGACAUCUUUGUUGUGCGAGAGACGGGUGAACUGGAGUUGGAGGAGCAGCUUUUUGCCAAGCUCAUUUUCUUGUACCGUUCUCCAGAGACGAUGAUCAAAAUGACCCGUGAGAAAGCAGACUAAGUGAUUGUUAAACCUGGGGACCUACUUUGCUCUUUCCUCAGUGGUCUUGUAUUCUGCUCAGAGCUUCCUUCUCAAAAGACGUCUUGAUCGCUCACAACCUCUCUAGAACUUCUUCCACUUGGACAUACAGAAGCCAAAGAGGAAUGACCUCCUGUUUGUUGGGUGGUUAAGUCAGUCUGCCAGUCCUCUCUAAUUCAUUUAAAUUGCUCAGAAGAACUGGGAAGUCCAUCAAUCACAAGGCAGUCUACCAAACUUCCUGAUGUCUUUGAGUUGAGAUGCUUCUGGGCAUGCAGAGGUCUUUUGUCCUUUAUGUACCUUUAAUAGUAGAGACUCUAUGUAAGUGAGCAGACAGCUUGUUAUCAUCCAGCAGAGACCGGAUCUGUAUGGCCAAGGUCAGAACACAAAAGGUCCCACCUCUUUUGAUUCCACAUUUUAAUUUGAGUCUCUCUGCCAACCUUUAUAUGCAUGAAUGGAAAAGUGGUUUGUCAUAAUUAAACUGCCUCUGCGAGU